CCCCUUGAAGAAACUCAAGAGAGCCAGCAGCAAAAGAUGGAAAAACUCAAGGUGAUGUUCCAACACUCUGAUGCCAAUCCAGAAGAGGUAAAAUGUCUAAUGAAGUCCACAUUUUAUACCCAGCGUCAACAUGUCAACCAGGGAAAAAGUAUCAAAUGCCUUAGAGAGGAGUGGCCGUUUUGGUUUGAUGAACUUGGCAUGUCAGUCCACUUCAUGGAACUGACUGGGAUUGACCUCAAAGAGACAUUCACACGAAAUUUGGAUUUGAAGGGAAAAAGGCUUCUCAACUACAUGACCACAGUUUGUGUCAACAAGAGCAAGAAGCUCCUUCAGAAUUAUGCAAGGCUUCAGAGGAUGCGAGGACUGCAGACUGGCUGCUCAGAUGAUGUGAUAGAGAUGCUCCUGCUUCUGCUCAGCUACUUUGAUGAGGAGUCCAUGUUCUUCCAUGUAGAAGAUACAUGUCUGGCAGAAGAGGUCCAACUGGAGCAAGUGCCUCUGACACCCACUGUUAUUGUCUGUGGACAGUCCUGCUAUUCCGCAACAAGGUACAUGCUGAGUCUGGAUCGGAACCUUAUCAACACAAACAUCUCCUCCUUCAUUUCUGCAUUGUGCCUCAUGUUCGGGAGUUACUACUGUUUUAAUAUCCAUUAUCCAUCUGAGCUGGCUUCAACUCUGGAGUUUCUUCAAAGGUGUUUUUUCUCCAUAAACCCAGAAAAAGGAACCAAAGUAGAGAACAAAAACUCCAAGCGUCGUCUCAGCGUGAACCCUCGAGUCCUCACCCUGAUACAGGAACUCUCCGAUCACGAGUGGUGUUAA